AUGAAGUUCUCCAUCCCUCUCGCCAUUUUUGUGGUCGCGGCAUCCGUUGAAGCCGCCGCUAUUGCCAACCCAGAGCCCGAACCGUGGUGCCUCAUCAAGGGCCAGUCCUGCUGGAAGCCCAAGCGUUCCGCCGAGGCCGAACCAUGGUGUCUCAUCAAGGGCCAGUCCUGCUGGAAGGUGAAGCGGGCCGCCGAGGCCUUCGCCGAGGCCCUCCGUCCCACCGAGGGCACCGUUCACGCCCGCGAGGCCGAGAUCUCCAAUCAGCCCGGCAACGCCGCCUUCAUGGCCAAGCGCCAGGUCGACGAGCUCGCCCUCGUCCUCGCCGCCGCCUCGGAGGACCCCGAGGGCUUCUACAGCGCCCUGGGUCUCUCGGACGGUUUCCCCGCCGACACCGCCACGGGCGCUGAGAAGCGCGAGCCUGUCGACCACGAGGCCGACAAGCGCUGGUGUCUCAUCAAGGGCCAGUCGUGUUGGAAGGCCAAGCGCGCGGCCGAGGCCGUCGUCAGCGCCAUCGAGACCGUCCACGACCCGCGCAGCACCCCCUUCGACCCCCUCGCCCGCUCCAAGCGCGAGGCCGAGCCCUGGUGCCUCAUCAAGGGCCAGUCCUGCUGGAAGCGUGACGCCAGCGCCGAGGCCGCCUGCAAUGCCCCCAACGGCGCCUGCACCAAGGCCAAGCGCGACCUCCACGCCAUCUACAACGUUGCCCGCAGCAUCCUGGAUGAGGAAUAG